CAUCAAUUAGAAAGAUUUAUUAGACUGUGUUCUUUUUUGGCGCUCAGGCCCGGCUGAAGAAGUUCGUGCUGAGCAUCAUCAAGCGAUUUGAUGAUCGGCUCAGGCCGGAGCUCAGGGUAGUCUUCUCCCCCAGGUCCGGACACUGGUGGUGGAGAAGAGCCUAGGAAGGAGGGAACACGGAGGUGCUCAUCCGGAUGGAGGUAGAGAUGGGGAGGAGGUGGGUCAAAGCGCGGCUGAAAGGCUGGAGACCCCAUCUUUGUUGGUGCUUUUGAAGGAACUCUUGUGUGGUGAUUGGCUUGAGUGGCUUGCGCUCCGGUGCUUGUGAUAAUGGAAGAGGCCGGCGAGUAGAUUGGAGUCUUCCCAGCUUGAAUUUACACUUUAAAGCUUCCAUUUCAAGGAUAAAUUAUAAUACAAGAAGUCACCAAAAGUACUUACAUAAUAUCCCAAGUCUGCCUGCCUAUAUGUGUGUUUCAAUAUGAAUUUAUGCACAUUAUUGAGUGCAAUUGGGUGAAUUUGUAAAGCACUUCUCAUAGGUCAGUAUGAAUGACUAGAACAAAAACAUUCAGAACAAAAUCCUUAGCAAAGAGGGAUUUGAGGUCAACUUCACAAGCAACCUUCUGUUGCCAAAAAGUGUUUUCCUUAAAAGUUGAAUUAUGGAAGAACUACUUUUUGUGUUUUACAUUAAAACAAUUGGAGAUAUGGCUUAAUAUAUGCAAUCUCUAUUGACAUCAGUCAUGUUCAAUGCUGUUACUCUUACGUUUAUCCUUUCCUUCACAUUACAAAACUACAUGUAUCCCCAUGUGUUUUAUUGUUUUAUUUUGAUCUUUGGACAGGUGACCUGCUCAGGGUGUGCCCUGCCUCUCACCCACCGCUGCAGACAAGCAGCACCCCUCCAUAGCCCAGCAAAAUAAGUAGGAAAUAAUGGACACUCUAGAACGUAUCUUUGGCCUAUGCACAGCCAUCUACCAUAGGGCUGAUAAUGCGAAGGCCAACAAAAAUCGCUGUCAACGAAUCGCCCAAAGAGUUCGAACCCUGGAGAGACUUGUUAAAGCCAUUAAAGAAAAGGGACAUGGUCAAAUCUCUUCUACAGUUCAACAAGCUCUGGAUGAACUCUGCAUUACACUGGUGUCUGCAGAGCAACUAAUGACAAAAUUCCACAAAUCCAAUUCUAUUGAAGGCUUCAUUAAGGCUGGCUCUAAUGAGGAUAAGUUUAGUAAGAUGAAUGAUAAACUAGAUGAUAAUUUCCAGGUCCUGUCAGGAGCACUGCAGAUUGAGCAGAGGGAUAUGCUAAUUUCACUCUGCUCAAGCAAAGAGAGUGUUAACGAAGGUAAUGGCCCUGCACAGACAUCUCCAAUGCCAUUCCCAAUGCCAGAGCCCUGGCAUGCAACAUCAGUGUUUUCCCCUGUUGGUCAGCCACAUCCUGCAGUACCAAUAUCUCCUCCGUCACCACCAUUCAGCCCCACAGCACCUUAUCCUCUCCAAACACCACAGUUCAGACACACAGCACCUUAUCCUCUCCAAGCACCGCAAUUCAGAACCACAGCACCUUUGCCUCCCGAAACACAACAAUUCAGACCUCCAGCACCUUUGCCUCCCCAAACACAACAAUUCAGACCUCCAGUACCUUUGCCUCCCCAAACACAACAAUACAGAUCUCCAAUACCUUUGCCUCCCCAAACACCACAGUUCAGACCUCCAGCACCUUUGCCUCCCCAGACACCACAGUUCAGGCCUCCAGCACCUCUGCCUUCCCAGACACCACAGUUCAGACCUCCAAUACCUUUGCCUCCCCAAACACAACAAUACAGACCUCCAACACCUUUGCCUCCCCAGACACCACAGUUCAGGCCUCCAGCACCUCUGCCUUUCCCAACACCAUCUUUCAUACCCACAACACCCACUGUUCCUCCUGCCAUUCAAAGGUCUAACCCUACAACUGCUGUGCCAGCCCCACGCAUCCACCCCCCCAUGUCAGGGUACAUCUCUACGGUCCCUCACCUUUUCCCUGCUUCAGUUCCAGCCCAGCUCCUUAACCCUGGCAAUGUUGCAUCAAUGUCUGGCUCUACUGUAAUGAACAUUACUGUACAAAACACCACAGUUGUGACACAUUAUCCAGUCAACAACCUUGGUUUUCAGUAAUUUGCAGUCCAAAAUACUAAAUGGACACAACUUGCAUAUCAGCCCCUUGAUGCACUUUUACAGAGUUACACUUAUGUUCACAUUUACACAUUCAUGCACAGAAUCGGUUGAUAACUUGAAUUUAAGUGUCUUGCCUCUGUUAUAUCAAAGCGGCAGUGUUAUGUAAAAUUAACUAUUUUUAGCUUUACAUCACAUUAUAAUGUUUUUUAAUGUUAUUUUCUCCUAAAAAAAAUACUUGGAGUGUUGCCUUGAUUCUUUCAUUCAUGUUUGAGAAAUCCUUUAGUCUCUCGUGGCAACCAUUUAGUGGUGCAAAACGCCUGUUGGUGAAGUUGGUAGCACCGUCUUCGAGAAGCAGCUCCUCCUAGGAGCUUCAGUUUCCAAGCUUCUGAUCUUCUGCCUCACAGAGCAACCCUCCCUCUCCCAUUCUAUGUAGUUCUGGAUAUAAUCUAACAAACUCAACCUAGUAGAAAUAACUUUUUAACUCUAUUAGUUGAUGCAUUAUAUGUCUAUAUUCUAUUGUCUUUUCCAGAUAAUUUACUGAUUUUAUUAUCAUUAUUAUUA